AUGUCUACAGUUGACGCCUUCCAACACCGUCCGCUCGAUUUGACAGAGCCUGGGGUACGGGUAUUAGAUCUCUUACCGCUACAAGCUGAUGGCGCCAUCAGGUGCAGACUACGCCACGAUGUGCUUGGCCCUAGUUUACAAUUCUCUGCUGUAUCAUAUGAGUGGGGGAGCCUCGUGUCAGGAAAGCAUGAGAUUUACAUCGAUGACAUGAGUUUCGAGGUUCCCCACAACCUCCUCCUGUUUUUGACGGCGCUCCUCCAUAUCUACUCCAUUGAUGGAUACAAAAGCCUCUGGAUCGAUGCUAUUUGUAUUGAUCAACUGAAUAUUGAAGAGAAGAACCACCAAGUGCAGCAAAUGAAGAACAUAUAUCAGAUGGCCACCAAUGUUUUAGUCUGGCUCGGACCUUCAGAUGACAAAAUUGACCGGCUGUUCGAUUUUCUGCAAGACCUGUGCAUUCCGAACUCAGCAGAAAAUGCUGCCCGGUCAGUCGCACAGUUGACCCUGGAGCAAUGGAAACAUUACCAAGACAAAGUUUUUGGUGCAGGAGUCCCUGUGUGGGAGGCUUGUGAGGCAUUGUCUAAGCGCACUUACUGGAGCAGGACGUGGAUUCUACAGGAGAUAUUACUUGCAAAGCAGCCAUUGAUUUUCUGCGGCGGCAAUAAGGUACCGUGGCAAGCGUGGGCCAUCCUACUUGACACACUAGACAAAAAUCCCGUCGAGUUUGUCAAAAUCUGGGCACCGGAGAUCUGGGGAUCGCCCGCCAUGUCUGUUUCUCGGGAAUGGUUCGCAUUGAUUGAUGAGGGCCCGCGCGAGAAUUUAAUUCAGCUGACUACGGCAUUCAGAAAGAGCGAAUGUUCGAUUUUACAAGACAAAGUUUAUGGCCUACUUGGACUGCUCUCGGGUGGAUCUAAAUUAAUUGUCGACUACGAUCGUGAGAUUGAAGACUUACUCCUCGAUCUGUUAGAAAUAACAACAUCUGACACCACCAUUUCGGAUGUUGAAAACUUGCUGGAAAUGUUCGAGAUCAACAACUUGUCCUCCAUCCAAAUGGCGCUGGAUUGCGUCUACACCGGAAAGUGCCCGAUUGCUCAAAUAUCCGGUUGGUUGAAAAUCGGUGCGACAUUAAAAGGCACAGAUGCAAUGGAAGAUAUUUCAUCCCGAGCGCACUCGAGACAGCUUCGGUGGUGCAACCAGCUGGAAAGUCAACAACUGAUCUGGAGAUUCAAGAGCCCCUCCGAAUUAGAGAGAUGGAAUUCUGGAAGGUUGGAGGACCUGCAACCCCGGUUUCCGAAGCCCAAUCUCUUGACCCACGCACGUGAGGGUAAGGUGAUGAAAUGUCAAUGCCCUCGGUGUUGUGCCAAGCUCAACACAAGUACUGUUGGUUCAAGACUCUUUAAGGUGCUCUCUGCCUUGUCAUACAAAGAUACGGCCCGAGAUCUCGAGGGAUAUCCGGCAGCACUGCUCUAUCGCAGGCUUUCUGGCAAAGAGACAUACUUCGCAACGCUAGUCAACGUGCGGGAAACCUCGAUCAUGCUCUUAUUUUACGAUCCUGUCUCCGUGGAAGAAAUCCAACCCGCCAGAUCUGCAACAGGAUCCCUGGCGAGAACAUUCAACCUGAUAGCUCAUCAACACUCGCCCCUCUCGCUGGAAUCAGCCUCUCCCCUUGCUGAAUGUAGGACAAUUCAAUUGGCAAAAGCGGGCAGGAUUUGA